AAGUAAGAUGCAGUUAGAAGAUCUUCAUUACAGCUGAAGAUCAAAAGGAGACAACGGCUGAAGGAUGAAAGUACUAGGGCUAUAUUUUUUAGCCCUUGUAUUAAGCGGUUUUGCAGAUGAUCUCAGUAGAGUGGGAGAUGUUUCUGGAAGUAGCAGUAGUUCCCUACAAGAAAGAAGCAGCAGUAGUAGCGUCAGCAGCAGCAGUAGAUCAACAUCAGAUGGCUCGGAAAGCCGGACCGCCGAACAAGACCCGGAUGAGGUAGAAGAUGUUAGAUCCGCAAGGCCACUGACGAAGGGACGAUAUAAACCAGGUCCACGGCUAGUGGGAACAAAUGAGGUUCUGCUACCGUAUCUGGUUUCAGGCGAGAACAAUGUCCAAUGUCAAAGGGAAGGAGAGAUGUACCAUUUCCUGAGCUUGAACUACCAAUGCUACGUGUGCGCAUGUCUGAGUAACUUGCUGCCCGUCUGCGCUUCUUGCGCUGGCUGUGGAGUGCCAGACUUGCCCACGCCGCCACCGCCGCCGCCACCCCCGCCACCACCACCGCCAACACCAAGACCUACUAUACAACCAGUGAAGCCACCAAGAGUAACCUGCAAUCCUUUACCAAGCAACAGGCCGUAUGAGAAUCCUCUUAAUCCCUGCCAGUCUUGCAUAUGCAAGGAAGUAGUAUCGCUGUUCGGACAAACAGACAUACAGAUCAACUGCUUCGACAACGGACGGUGUGUACUGCCGCCACGACCUCCGCCAAAGGCAUUACGACAAAAAGCAACUCCUGAACCAGUACCUCAACCAACAGUUAAGCCUGUCAGACCAACUCCGCGCCCUAAACCAAUUCAUCCCUUGCCAGGUCCAUUACCACAUACCUCAUGCCGUCCCUUCACCCCUAAUGUUCCCUUCCAACACCCGUGGGAUGAGUGCCAGAUUUGCGAGUGCAGAGAAUACUACAGCGCCGGCCUCGUCAACGUUGAACUUCACUGCUACACGAACCCUACAUGCUGUAUCACUGAUGUGGUUGUACCAGUAAAUCCAACGCCAGUAGUAAUAUAUCCAAACAAUGGUGAGUUUAGAAUUUGAAUAUCGGACGUAUUAUUUGAAGAGCUCAUUUGGCGAUAGUAGUUUUCAAAAUGCUUUUGCGAUGGUCGGUCUCGACAUGAGCAAUCAAAAAUUUAUGGUUUCGUGCUUCUUGGUGCUUUGGAACUUUUGUCCCGCCUGUAUUUGCAGUUGUUAAAACCUAUCAAUCUGCAUCAGCGUAAAUACUUGUUGUUUAUAAGGAAGGCCACUGCCUUAGCAGCGGGAACAAUGGUUGAUGAUGAUUAAUUUAUUUUUUCCAUACACAUUUAUUAACUCCAAUAUUUCAGCAAGCCGUGGUGAGUCUGCUUAUAUUUUUAAUUUCAUUAUGUUUAGUAGUAUCACCUGAAAGUUGAAUAUCGUGCUCUCUAGAGAAUGAUACUCAUCUCGAAUGGCGGCAAUAAACGAUACACGCUUAGCUCGAGGCGAGCGGUGAAAAAUAAAAACCUUUAUUGACUAACAAACACCAGAAUUUUGGAACACCGAAAUAAAGUAAAUUUUUACGACGCGACACGCCGUCAAAAUUGAGCAGGGAUAAAAAGGUAGGAAAAAGGUAGGACUCCACCUGAGAAUAGACGAUUUAAAAAAUCCACAUUUAUUUUCUCCUGCCCAAUAAGAUUUAAUAGAAACUGUAGCGCAAAAAGGUGAAGUAAUUCAAAGGUUUUUAACGAGAUCAGAACAAUGACCAUCUUUAUGUUCCAAUCAUUAUAAAAAUACUUUUUGUCAGCAGAUUUUUCUGCUCUUGUAUAUGUGAUCCAAAACUUAGGUACCAUGUACAUUUAUACCCAAAUGUCCUAGUUUCGCUAUACAAUAAAAUAGUAAUAUUCUAUAGUCCAGUGCAGAGCUGUCUUAAAAGUAGACUAAAGUGUCGUCUGAAAAUGACCAAAUAGAAAAUGGAUCGCGUCUAUUUUUUGUCAGCGAUUGAGCUAUUAAAUUUGGUAGGGUUAUACCACGAUCAAUAGUAUACAAUUGGGAACAAAACUGGCGUCCCAAUGAUUGACUGGACGAGGGCUUUAAGUGUAUUGGUUUCUGGAUGGCCAUUUAUCGAAUUCGUUCACCCUUGAAUGUGAUACCGUUAUUGCAAGGGUUUCAUUGUAAUUGUGUAGUUUUCUCUAGACUCAUUGGUGAAUUGAGAGAUUUGUUUUUAUCUGUUUAGUUAAUGUUUCAUCUAGAAAAUCUUUUCUUUGUAUAGCUAUCAGUGCCUUUGUUCUGAGUAAAAACCUAUGCUAACUUCUUCCACGUUAUAUUGUGAGAAAUCUGUUAAUAUUAUUAUAACACGAUAUAGUUCUUAAUACGUUUAGUCUAAGCAUGUCACU